CCAAUCGGACACAUUUGAGCCUUAUUGAAUACAGUACUUGCAGGUUCAAUCUCUUUUUUCAGUAACCCAACCCGUCGCAUUUGCAUUUUAGACGUAGUAAAGACUUUGUUUACCAUGUCUGAUGCAAAAUAUUUCCAACGAGAGCUUCGUGCCGAGCUCAUGUCUGAGAAAAGAGACCAAAAGCAUCAGAGAAAAAAGACAGUAAUGAAGAAAAUCGUUGCCAACAUGACUAUGGGAAAUGAUAUGUCACCUUUAUUUCCUGAUAUACUGAAUGUGAUGCAAGUACCAGUGUUGGAAAUCAAGAAGAUGGUAUACCUUUAUAUCAUCAACUAUGCAAGAACAAAGCCUGAUAUGGCCGUCAUGGCUAUUUCUAUGUUUAUUAAGGUAAAAACAAGUGCCCACAUUUGCGUGCUAUAAGUGAAAAAUGGGUACCUUAACUGUCUUGUAGGAUGUUGAGGAUCACAAUCCGUUGAUUCGAGCCUUGGCUAUACGUACUAUGGGUUAUAUUCAAGUAGAGAAAAUUAUAGAUGUUUUGGUUGAUCCGCUUCGACACUGCUUAAGAGACAAAGAU